AUGGCCACCCGUCGGCUUAUGACGGCCGCGGCGCCCACGCUCCUCCGCACCACGGCUCGACCUGCUCCCACUGCAUAUAGAUAUAUCCGCGCCUCGGCGUAUGUCCCUCCGCGAAAAUGGCAAGCCGUCCCGCGGAUAGGCGUAUCUCGUCGGUGGUACUCUGAUGACGUCGUCCCCGGGAGCAAGAUAUGGUCAUUUGACGAGAUUAAACAAUUGGUAGAUGGGAAGGAUAAGUCGCCUGCAAAGGUGGUUAUUGUUGAUGUCCGCGAGCCGGCGGAGUUGCAGACGACGGGCAAGAUUCCUGGCGCUAUAAAUAUCCCGAUUACGUCGGCUGUGCAGAGCUUUCAUAUUCCGGAUGCGGAUUUCGAGGACAUGUAUGGGUUUGAGAGACCGUCGAGGGAUACGAAGCUGUUGUUUUAUUGUAAGGCUGGUGUGAGGGCGAAGUCGGCGGCUGGGUUGGCGAAGCAUGCUGGGUGGGAGGACGUGGGUGAGUAUCCGGGGAGUUGGCUGGAUUGGGAGGCGCAGAACGGUCCGGUUGAGAGGGUUAAGCAGGGAGAGGGAUUUGGACAGAACUAA